UGGCUUUACUGGUAUCCAGGUGAGGACGUGAUUUUCGGUCCGUACGAGCAGCCGGAGAACGGAACACAAAAGCGGCCUGUGCUCCCUUUACAGUGACGUCAGCUUGUUGUUCUGUAGAACCCGUGGACCCGUUAACGAAGCCAUGGCCCAGAGGAAGAACCCAAAAGCCCAGUCCAAGAGAGCUGAGACGUUCGUUUCAUGCAGCGCUAUCGCCGCUAUGGUGCCUCCUCCUCGGCUCCUGUAGAAGAGGUGCAUGCAGAGGAUGAGGUGUCCACUGAAGAGGAGGUGUUUGAGCAGGACACAGAGCCACUGGUGGAGGGGGGAGGUCAGGCUGAAGUCCAGCAGACGGGAGGUGUUACUAAGGACGGGGUCCAGCCGAUGAAGGACGAUCUGACACCUGCUGUGUCUGAGACAGAGGCCAAGAAUCAUCCAGUGGAAAGCAAGAAUGGAAAGAGGACAGAAGGAGGAGGUGGCGGAGGAGACACAGGCGGAGGUCCCAAGUACUCUAUGUUUACCUGGCUGGUGGUGCUGGCUCUGCUGGGAGUCUGGAGCUCUGUGGCUGUGGUCUACUUCGACAUCGUGGACUAUGACAGUGUCAUUGCCAGAGCUAAGGAGUUUCAUAUGAACUUUUCCCAAGUUUUACAAGGUAAACUGACGGCCUACGAUGCCGAUGGCGAUGGCGACUUUGACGUGGAAGACGCUAAAGUUCUGCUUGAUGAGAAGAAGUUAAGAGCUUCUGGCCUGAGGAGGAGCAGGCUGAGAACAGUUGAAACGAAGGAAGAGAAGAAGAAAGGACUGAAAGCAGAAAGACAAGAGCAGGAAGCAGAAAGCAGUCAACAUGUGACUGAAACAGGAAGUGAGCAAGCUGUAGGACCAGAGUCCACAUCACCUGAUGCAACGGGUUCAGUGGCUGAUUUCCUGACUUUAAACUCGUUUCCAGAGCGUGAAGCCCUGCUUCUCCAGGACGGUGCAGACUCUGGAUCUCAGGAUGUGGAGUCUGAAAUCCAAGCUGCCGUCUCCCUCCCUCCGGUGCUGGACAACAGCUUUGUUCCAGAGGAGGAGACCGACUCAAUUGACACCACUGGAGUUCUACUGAAGGAUCCAACGACGCAGGGCAGUGUAGCCGAGUCUGAACGUUUGACGAGCUCCACGUUAACAGAUGAAGCAGAGAAACAGCCUGAGCCUCCAGCAACAGCAGAACCACAGAUGGAGACGAGACCAGACACUCCAGAGACACGGCCUCAAGAGAAGUUAAAAGAAAAAAUGAAAAAGAAGAAACCAAAGUUGUUCAAUAAGUUUGAUAAAAGCAUCAAAACAGAAAUCGAUGCUGCCGAGAAGCUUCGAAAGAAGGGGAAGGUGGAGGAGGCUCUAAAAGCGUUUGAGCAGCUGGUGCAGCAGUAUCCACACAGUCCACGCGCUCGCUACGGAAAAGCCCAGGCAGAGGACGACCUGGCUGAGAAGCUGCGCAGCAAUGACAUGCUGCAGCGAGCCAUUACCAGCUACAGAGAAGCUGCUGAGCUUCCUGAUGUGACCUCUGACCUGCUGAGAGCUGCACUGAAGAGACGAGCUGAGAGACAGCAGUUUCUGGGUCGGAUCCGUGGCUCUCUGGCGACUUUGGAAAAGUUGGUCCAGGUCUUUCCAGAUGACAUCAGUCUAAAAAACGAUCUAGGAGUCGCCCACCUGCUGAUUGGAGACAAUAAAGGCGCAAAGAAGGUCUAUGAGGAAGUUCUGGCAGCUGCUCCAGCCGACGGCUUUGCUAAGGUUCACUACGGUUUCAUCCUGAAGUCAGAGAACAAGAUUGCGGAGAGCAUACCAUACCUCAGGGAGGGUUUGGAGUCCGGUGAACCCGGGACAGACGAUGGGCGCUUUUACUUCCACCUGGGAGACGCUCUGCAGCGAGUCGGGGACGACAGCGCGUAUGACUGGUACGAGCUGGGUCACAAACGUGGCCACUUCGCCUCCGUGUGGCAGAGGUCUCUCUACAACGUGGACGGACUGAGGGCUCAGCCCUGGUGGACAGCUAAGGAGACAGGAUACACUGACCUGGUUAAGAUGUUGGAGAGAAACUGGAAGACGAUCAGGGAUGAGGCCUUGGCCAUGAUGGACCAGAACACUGGGGUGUUCAUGCCUGAGGAGGAGAACCUGAGAGAGAGAGGGGAGUGGGGCCAGUACACACUGUGGCAGCAAGGAAAGAAAGUUGGGAACUCGUGUCAGGGCGUCCCAAAGACCUGCUCAUUGAUGGAGCGAUACCCUGAAGCUACAGGCUGCAAGAGAGGCCAGAUUAAGUUCUCGGUCAUGCAGCCUGGGACUCACGUAUGGCCUCACACUGGACCCACCAACUGCAGGCUGAGGAUGCACCUUGGCCUCGUCAUCCCCAAACAUGGAUGCAGGAUCCGCUGCACCAACCAGACCAGGGAGUGGGAGGAAGGUAAAGUCCUCAUCUUUGACGACUCCUUCGAGCACGAGGUCUGGCAGGAGGCCGACAGCUUCCGCCUCAUCUUUAUCGUGGACGUCUGGCACCCGGAGUUAACGCCGUACCAGCGCCAGACUCUGAGUCCCAUUUAGAUCAAGUCCAGGUUUCUGGACCUGGUAAGAACCUUACACAGCCUUAGAAGACUGACUGACCGACUGGCUGCUGCUGCUUCUCUGGAUAAAACUCUUAAACUCUGAGUCAUCGAGGGAGUUUGACCUACAGAAUAAAACAUUUGUUCUGUUGAUGAGCUAACAUCAGACGGACAGACUCAGGAGGUUCAGAUCUGGACCUAAUACUACUGACUCCACAGCCUGAACACACGGUACUCAUUCUAAGGUCCCACAUUCAUCCAGAUCAUGAGGAAGUUAGAGUUUAUGUUCCUGCCAUGGGAAUUAUUUGGGAACUUGACUUUAUAGUAAAACACGCCUCACUGAUGUUAAAACACUACAACAGAGGAACUGUUCUGAUUCAAAUGAAGCAAGUCACUAACAGUUUAACGAGGCCUUAACCAGGUCAGUGUUUGCACAGUGACACGUAACACCAGAUGUUAUAAAAGAGGGUUUAUAUUUGUAUUAAAAAUAAAAAAACUAAAGUUUA